CCGCCAGCCCCGCUCUCCGGCGACGUCGCCCAUGGAUGAUGAGAACCUGCUCUCCGAGAUCCUCCUCUGCCUCCCCCCGCUGCCGUCCUCCCUCCCCCGCGCCUCCGCCGUCUGCAGGCGCUGGCGCCUCCUCGUCUCCGACCCAGGAUUCUCCCGCCGCUUCCGCAUCCACCACCGCCGCAACCCUCCCCUCCUCGGUUUCUUUGAUGACUUAUUAUCCUUCGUACCUACUCUGGAGGCCCCUAAUCGUGUCCCUCCGGAGCGAUUCUCCUUCGAGGACGACGGCGGCCGUCGCUCAGUGAUCCUCGGAUGCCGCCAUGGCCUAGCACUCUUCUUCCUCCCAUCUUCGAACCAGAUCCUGGUGUGGGAUUCUGUCACCUCCGACCAGCACCGCGUUGCCGUUCCUCCAGAGUUUGAGAGAGAUGGAUUGCAGAUCAUAAUCCAGGGGGCGGUGCUUCGGGUGGCUGCCGGAGAGGUUCACUUCCGAGUGGUCUUGACAGUGGUGGACUUCGAGGACAAACGAGCCCUCGCCCGUGUUUACUCCUCAGCGACCGGCAUAUGGUGUUGCUUCAUGGGUGCUAGGAAGAACUUCUGAAGUGGACAAGUUACUUUCCUUCAACUCAGAGAAGAAGCGACCCUUAGUGAUAAUGGGGUAUGCUGAGGAGAAUAAUGUUGUGUUCCUGAAGACACCGGUCGGCCUCUUCAUGAUCCAUCUUGAGUCAUUUCAGUUCAAGAAACUUCUUCGGACCAAAAUUUAUCCUUAUUAUUAUCCAAUCGAAAGCGUCUGCAUUGCAGGUAAUAACAUGCCUUCACAUAUCAGUUGCAACAAAACCAUAUCUAUUUUCUAUAAUUUGUUGACGGCAAUACGGUUCACAUCCUUUCGUGUUAAGUUAACAAUUUUAAGUGCUGUCAUAUCACUUGUUUUGUUUGCUGCUUGAUGACUUAAUCAAUAUAUAGCGAUUUUGUUUCUGUACUAUCUCUGUUCCGAUUCUUGUGUGGUGGUGUUUUAUGUAAUGAUUAUGGUUCGUAGAAAAAAGAUCUGUUGUUGGCGCAUAUUUUGUUAUAUGCUCUGCAGCCAAGCGGAGGGCUGCAAUUCAUUUAUUGUUCACCCGCAAAAAAAAAUCAUUUAUUGUUAGCUUAAUUUCUGUAAUUUUUGUUGUUCAAGUCAGAGCUAGCAAACUGUCUUUAUUAAGUUUAUUAUAUGAAUACUUGUUGAAUAAAACAAUGAAUGCCAAGAUUGGCAAAUGGUUUCUUUAGAACUAUGUUUUACUGCUUUGUGCCUAUUAACACAUGCAAGAAUUGUAAAAUGGUAGUUUUAGUGCAUAGCUCCAGUUUUUUUUUCCCUAAAGAUAAAGUAUAUGACACUUGGAAGCUGAAGACAACUACUUGAGAAACUUGCUUGUGAACUGAAAUAGCUCAGUCGAUACAGUUGGAAGCUUAAAGCUCAUUCUGUUUCCUUCUUUCAAUAUUUAGUAUCUCUGUUAGAAGACAGUUUGGAUUAUCCCUUUUCAAUAUUUAGCAUCUCUGUUGGAUGACAGUUGGAAGCUUAAAGCUCACUCUAUUUCCUUCUUUCAAUAUUUAGUGUCUCUGUUGGAAGAUAUUUCCUUCUUUCAGUAUUUAGUAUAUCUGUUUGAAGAUAAUCCAAAUCUGAGCUUAAAGCUCAUUCUAUUUCCUUCUUUCAUUCUGUGAACUGAUUAUAUUUUUUCAGGCUAAAUCAAUUUGAAGAUAAUCCAAAUCUGAAUAGUCCUGAUCACUUUUGUUGCUAAGAUUUAUUAGUGUGAUUAUAUUUUAUUUAUUCUGAUGUAGCGUGGACUUGAGCUUAAUAAUUCUGGAUAGCCUUUUCUGACCAUCUAAUGUCUGAGUACAUCUUCAUUUUCAAGAUAGUAACCAGCUUAUAUUUUUUUCAGAAUAUUCACUUUUAAGAUAGUGAGCAUCUUCUUCACUUUUAUGGUAGUAUAAUCAGCUUAUACUAUUUUCGGAAUUUUCAUUAAAUUCAUACUAAUCUUGUAUAAAACUGAUUCUUUUCAAACUACAACAAAGUUUAUCUAAACAUCUUACUCAUGCCUCCUCGUAUCCAUUUGGCUUUUUGUUGGAAUGGCAUUGGUUGUUUUGCCUUCUUAUGCUUCCAGAAACAGACAUUCGUGGUGGACGUGAUGGAACUGAUCUUUUGCACAAUACAUAAGAUGGUUAUCUGGUUAAAUAUGCUGUCGUGAUGUACUGGUUGAGCAGGUAUCUAGGAUUAAGUUCUGGUUGGCUAAAGAUGCAGAAAUGGGUUGUGUGCUGUAGGUUCUUCCAUUUUGUAUGCUGUGCACGGGGUCUGUGAUUGUGCCCCACUCAGAAAUUGGCCCUCUGUACUGGUCAGUUGUGAAGUAUGAUUUGUAGGAACUAAUCGCUUAGUUUGCAACAUACCGUCCGUUAUCCAAGCUCUGUAUGAGGACACAGUGAACUGCUUGGAUUAAUGGCUAGUGUUGGCCAUGUCGGUCACUCUUGUGGGUUUUUUAUGCCUUCCAAGCAAGCACGUUGAUGCAAUGCAAGCUCACCUGUCAGUUGUGUGUGCGCCUCUUUCCAGUACUGUGUUUAUGUCCCAUGUCGUGUCAGGUUAAGUUCUCAAGCUUCUAUGUCUCUGCUGAUGUUAUGUCCCAUGGUGCUAUCGUAUUAGAUAAAAAAUAUGCAUCUCAAAAAGACUUAUAAAUCCAGGAGAAGAGUCAUCCCAUGUUUGUCACUAGAAUGACCAGUAUGCGAGUUCUGUUGAUCUGUUUGUAUACGUAAAGUUUCACCUUGUAAUCUGUAGUAUGUCUAACGUUUGUACUUUAUUCAGACAUGAAUCAUUUCGGUGGAGUUACAUUGAGAAGGUUAUAUGUAGGUUGCUUGGAAGUAUUUUCUCUCC